UCUUACAAUGUCCGGUUAAAGUGUCCGUAAAGUGUUGGUUACCUAACCGUAAUGUCGUCGGUUAAAUACCGGUUACCGUAGCUUAAAACAAUCCGUUCUUACAACCUUCGAUUAACGAUCGUAUAACUAACCGUCAGUUAUAAUACAAGUGAUUCCCAAAACAACCGCGCAUGACCAAAUUUUAAUGUUCUACGCAUGCGUCGUUCUCGAGUUAUCAUUUAUUAUUGUUGUUAUCAUUUAUCAGUCAGAUAAUUCGAUAUAAUAUUGCAUAGUCCUAUAGUGUUAUAUGUUCUUCAUUUGUGUCUGUUUCGUUUUUUAAUUUUGAAAAACAUGUCGAAAAAUAAUAUGAAGAGACCUCGUUGCACUAAUUUCUCUGCAACAGAAGAGAAUACGUUGGUCGAGUUGGCCGCAAAAUAUUCUAACGUGUUGGAGUGUAAAAAAUCAGACCACGAUGUUUGGCAGUCGAAAAUUGCUGUAUGGAUGAAAAUCCAAGAACAAUUCACUGCCACAACAGGCAGUUUAAGAGAAGUCCAAAAUUUAAAGGAUAAGUAUGAGAACUUGAAAAGGAAAGCCAAGAAGACGGAAGCGGACAGGAAAAAGGAGGUUUUCAAAACAGGAGGUGGAAUUGCACGUUCCACUAUAGCACCCUCAGCAACACAUAAUGUCUUAAUUGAAAUCAUGGGGUCAUCAGCAGUAGGGCUACAAAACAUUUUUGACGGAGACAAAACAGGAAAACCAUUAGUGAAUACAGAGGACAUAGAGAUUGGUCAAGUACGUAAUUUGGAUGAGGAGUUCAUAUAUGCAUAUGAUGAUUCAGUAGAUCAACCUGAAACUGUUAUUGUAGGUAAUCCUGUGGUAGUUCUCUCAGCUGAUACUGUAGAGCAUGUGGAUCAUCCUGAAACCGUAUUUGUAGAUAAUCCUAUAGCUGUUGUCACACCUGAUACAGUGCAACAACAACAUAUGUGGGCCAAGUGGAAUCCAGAAGUCUUGAAAAAUAAUAAAAGUGCGGAGUUAAUGACCCCUCUUGCUUUAAAAAAAAAUAUUAAGACCACUUUAGGGGACAGCGUAAAAAAGUAUUCGUUAGAAAAGGUGAAUUUAAUAAAAAAACAAUCACAAUAUUUUGAGAAUGAAGAGAAAAGGGCUCAGGAGAAACACAAUGCCGAAGAAUUGCGAGCUCAAGAAAAACAUGAGUGGGAACGAGCACAUUACAAAUUAAUGUGUGAUAAGUUGAGGUAUGAAGUAAUUGAUUUAAAACAAGUAAUUAUUGAUAAUUUUGUUAAUACAAUGUUGGGUGCAUGUGUAGAUAUGUAGUAUAAUAUAGGUAUAAUUUAGCAGUCAGGGGUGGACUGGAAGGUAAACGGCACAGUAUUCUACAACAAUUUACUAAAUAAUAUUGUUUACUAUAAUAUCUUGCUUAAUAUUGUACUGAACUCAAACAUAUAUACCUCCCAAAACAAGGUUUAUGCUUAAAGGGGAGUUGCAAACAUAUACCUUGUAUAUUUUUUAUUUACAUGGUAAAAUGUUAUUGUUUUUGCUAAAUAAAUUAUUAAAUUAAAAAUAUAACAAAUUCUUCAUGUAAAACGAUAAUAUUGAACGGCUAAUUUUAGUUUAAUACUUUAUCUAUUCUUAAUAAAAAAUUAUUUGCUAAGUACUAACCAUGACAAAUUAGAUAGGUAUCAUCACAGUAUUUUGAUACGCAUUCUCCACUCUUUAUUUCGCCUUUAUCGUAGUUCUCCACUGUUAAGCGUAUAUAUAACAUAGAACAAAAUCAACCAAUGAGAAAUGGAGACUACGAUAUAGGCCAGAUGUGAAGAAGAUGCGUAUCUACUGCGCAAAACUAGUACAACUGUGAUGAUACCUAUCUAAUUUGUCAUGGUACUAACAAUAUAAUUUAAUUUAAUAUUGUUUUUUAAUUUAUUAUAAAUUAUCUUAUAUACAGGAUAAUUAUAAUCAUCACAUGCACCCAAUAUUAAUAGCAAAGCUGGGUACUAACUUAACUAGUUAGUUUUAAUUCAAAUUAACUUUGCAACUUAACUAGUUGAAUUGAAAGUGUAGAAUAAUCUAAUCUAACUCGUUAAAAAUAAUAAAUAACUAGUUAUUAUUAUAGUUUUUUUUUUUAAUUUAUUGAAUUUUUAAAUUCUUCAUUUUGUUGAACUUUCUAUAUUCUAAUGACUGAUAUUCCAAGAAAUUAAGAUAUUAGUAUAUUACCUACCUAUUUGAAACAUUUGAUUAAAUUAUCAGUUAACAAUUGUUCAAUUAAAUUUUAAAUUUAUAAUCAAUAAUUCAAGUUAGUUACCUGCCUACCUACAUUAAUAAUUAAUUUAUGUAAUACAUUGCAUUUGAAAAAAAUGUUUUUUACAUUUAUAUUUUAAACUAAAAAAAAACCUAACUUCAAACAUCUACUUUAAAACUAACUUAAGUUACUCUACUCUAACUUAAGUUACUAUUUUCACCAAACUAACUUCUAACUAAGUUAAAAAUGUUGGUACUAUUUAAGUAAUUUAACUUUAACUAGUUGAAAAAGUGACUUGCCCAGCUUUGAUUAGUAGGCAGUUAAUAAUUAAUUCUUAUUUACAAUAAGGAUGAAUAAAGAUGAAUAAGUAUGAUAAACAACAAAAAAGUAAUGCAAAUAUGUGAGUGGGAAUAUAUAGAACAUUUUUAUUAUACAUUU